AUGCUGCAUUCGUCUUGGUUCCUGGCGGAUUUGGAGAUUGUGACUUCGGUAAUUGAGUUCGCAAGAUCCGUUUUGAGUUUAGAAAGGGCGGACAGCAUAGAGUUCGAUGAACAUACACCAAAUCCUAUUGUAGUUUUUAUGCCCAAGGGUUCAAGAACUCAUAUGGGAAGCACAGUGAGACUGGGAUCCAGAAGAACACUUUUCCAGACUCCUGAUUGCAUUACUUCAAAGCUUAAAGUCGAUGCAGGUGCCAUACAAACAGAGGAACCUCCACUUCCCUAG